UUCAGUACCGCUCCAUUCGUAGUAAGUCGUCAACGUCCUCCCAUUUCAAGAACAAGCCCCGUCAGACUAGAGACCAAACUACCAUAUGAAACACUAUUUAGCACGUUAAAUAACACUUUGAUCAGGCGCAUUUUCCAUAAAUAAUUUUACACAAAGUGGGCAUACUACAUUUCGUAAAUUCUGAGACAUCUUGAAAGUCUCCGAGGAGAAAUGUCAAUGGAAAUCAAACAGAACCCGAUGCCUCCGUAGAACUGUCGUGGUGCCAGAAAUCCGUUGCUGACUCAGAGAUCCACUUACUUGCAGGCUGCCUCGUCAUGUGGAGCUGCAUGAUUUACAAUGAGACGGGAGGGAACGUGGAGGCAGAGCUGUGCCAGGACCUGGGCCUCAUUCUGUCUGUGCUAUCCCUCUUCUACCUCGUUGUGUGCUUCCCGGUCAGCCUGUGCUACAACGCCUUGCUGGUGGCCGUUAACCUCUCCAACAAGGUGUCCAUGACCAUGCCAGAUGUCUACUUUGUCAACAUGGCCAUCGCCGGGUUGGUGCUCAACCUGGUGGCACCCGUUGAGCUCCUGGGCCCUGGCUUUACACGUUGGCCCGCUUGGGAGUAUGACGAUGAAGUCUACAUCACCCUCCUCAUCCUCUUCAACGUGUCCUCACUGGUGAUCAUGUACUCCACCACGCUGCUUAGCCUGGAUUACUACAUUGAGCGUGCUCUGCCCCGCACCUAUAUGUCCAGUGUCUACAACACCAAGCACGUGUGUGGCUUCAUCUGGGGCGGCGCUGUGCUCACCAGCUUCUCCUCGCUGCUGUUCUAUGUCUGCAACCACGUGUCUGCCAAGAUCAUGGAGUGCUCCAAGAUGCAGAACCGUGAGGCGGCCGAUACCAUCAUGCUGCUCAUUGGCUACGCUGUGCCUGCCGUGGCCGUGCUGUACGCCUCGACCCUCAUCCUGCGCAUCCGUAAAGAGGCCACGCCCCUGGACCAGGACUCUGCCCGGCUGGACCCCUCCACCCAUAGGCUGCUGCUGGUCUGUGUGUGCAUGCAAUUUGCACUGUGGACACCCUACUAUGCCAGCCUGCUGGUGCUGACGCUGGCAGAGGCGCCGGGGGCUCGGGCGACUGGGACGCGUCAGGCCACGGCCUAUGCCUUCCUGUGCGGUGUGGCACAGGUGCUGGCCUUCUGCAGUAGCUUCGCCAUGCCACUCAUAUAUCAGCAAAUGAACCAGAGCUUCUCGCACAGGCUGCAGCGUCUGCUUAAACGCCUGCCCUGUGGAGACCGUACGUGCCCUCACGAGCACACAGCCGCAGUGCAGCAGGCGGCCACGUGAGGGUCACGUGUGACCUUCCUUUGACACCUCUUCACUAUCCCACGCUGCAUAACACGCUGCAUGACCCACAGACCCCCAGAAUGCAUCUGUAUGUGGAAACUGUGCAAAACCUUUGGCAACAAUCGGAACUUUUUAGCCUGGGUAACUCUAAAGUGACCUAAAGUUAUCCUGAAAAUGGGCAAAUAAGAAGAAAAAACACUCAGUGCUGUUUUUGAGAAAGCUGUCAUCUGUUCUAUGGAGUAUGUCUCUCAGCAAGCAGAAAUUCUAUUCCCCAUCCACCUGUCUGUUUUCUAGAAGAGAUACUUGAAAAUACAUAUGGUAGUUGUCUGUUAUAAGACAUGGCAUGACAUCCUAACAUAAUACUUUGUGACCAACCUUAACACAUUUGUCUCAAGACAAAUGGUUACCGACAAAAUUUAUUAACUCCUCGAUUCUGGAAUAUUCUCAUACCAGUCUCCAAUAACUUUAACUAACUCAUAAUGUUAGCAUGCUAAAAAAACAUCAAUACCUUAGAUUAUUACAUUCUAGUGGGCAUUACUCAAUAAUAUGCUAUUAAAUACAGACCACCUGGAAAUAUCUAAGAGUACCUGAUUUCAGUGUACACAGAAAAAGUAUGCAUGUAUGUAUGUAUGUAUAUGUGCAUGCGUGCGAGCGAGCGUGCGUGCGUGCGUGUGUUGUGUGCGCGCAUGCAUGUGAGUGUAUGUGUGUGUGUGUGUGUGUGUGUGUGUGUUUGCUACCAGGCUGAUGUGGUCUAAACAUUCUGCUGCUCAGAUGUAUUGUUGCAGAAAAAGAUUAUUCAUUCAUACUGGAAAAUUUUAAUUCUUAAAUAAAUUAAAAAGGUAUUGGAGAACACAAUUCAGACAUUAUGAUUAUUAUACUUUGAAUAGUUUGUACCAGAUACAAAAUCAUUCCUUUACCUACAUAUAUUGCUUGUUUAUUGUAAAAACAAGCAAUGGUUAAAUAGUAUAAUGUAGCCACAGCCACAGACAUUCCCCAUGUUGCUGUAUGCAUUUUCCUGGUGCCGGGGAACAACUACUGGAGUGGGAAAGCUCCUGUAAGCUCUUCUCUCAGAAGCUUCACUAAGUUAAGAAGACGCAGGUUUUUUGAACCAGCUCUGAGAGCAGCAAGGUUGAAUUUUGGCCACUGUCUGUCUGAUGAUCAUCCCCACUGAUUGUUAUGACAGCUUUAGCCCUGCAAAUAUUUUAGUCAAGAAGGUUGUAGGAAACGCCAUACUCAGUUAAUAAUUAUUUGAAAGUGAUCAAAGUCCUGUAGAGUACAGUUAAAACUUUUUUAAAAGCAAAUAAGCUUGUUUAAUUUAAUUGGCUUGAAUAAAAGUAUAAAACUGGGUUAAAACAAACCAAAACAUCAAAAGGCUUAAUCAGUUUUAAGUGUGUUAACUAGGCUUGCUGGCCUAUACAGUAUAUAAUUCCAGCUAAAAGGUUCAAUUUGUCAAUUAGGUCAAACACAUUCAGUUCUAUGGAAGGUUCUCAAUCCUCAUACAGAUGUGGGUUUUGCAGUAAGCAUUGCACUGUGCAUGAAUUUAAAAUAAACAAACCUCAAACAGGAUAAAAGCAUAAGCACUUCUAACUUCAGGACAGGACGAAAUUCUGAGGUGGGAAAAUGACAGUGUUCCUGCUUGCUUAAUGUUUUGCUAUGUUAAAAAUUCAUAUACUGUCUUCUUGGUCUUGAGCCAAUGGACAUUUUACCAAAAUAGAAUAUAUAUUUGAAAGAAAGUACUGUAUGUGCAUUGUGAGGAAAAUAUAUGAUUUAAUAUCCACUUCUGUAGCAAGAGGAGAGAAUGUAUUUUUCAUAAGGAGAAUUAAAACAGUUAACCCCACUGAAACAGCAUCUACAAAGCUAUGACCAUUUUUAGUGCAUUUAUGCCAGUAUAAAUGUAUAAUAUUAAAUAGGUGUAUAUAUUGUUUGUCAGAGAUUUACUGGAAUAGGGAACAUGUCAUUGCAGAAUUACAGUAUUGUUUUCUCAGAGAUUUAUUUAGUUACUGAUGACAGCAAUCAUGUUCCAUACUGAGUCAAAGACUUCAGCUCAAUAAACUAACAUGAAUAUUACCAAGUA